AUGUCGUUCGUGGGCAUCUCUCCGUCUGAUAUCGUCAAUGGCGUUCAUGCGGCCAAAACGAUUAUUGAAGCACUGAGAGACAACAAUGGCUCGGACGAAAAAGUGGUCGCCGCAUCAACGGGAAUCGAUCACCACCUGGAAUCCAUCCAAAAUUUCGAGAAUGUUUUGAACAACUUGCCGCAGGAGAGCGCCGCCUCAAAAACCCAAGUUCAAAGCCGAGUCAUGAGCCUCCGAACAAUUGAGGAAGCCCGAAAAUCUCAACUCGCGAAAUACAAAGAUUCGUUGACAAACAGGACCGGCUGCAAGGCAAAAGUCAGACGGGUCUAUCGCCAGCUUGCAUGGCCUUUCGGUGGUGAGAAAGACUUCGCGGAUGCCACUGCGCGAGUAGCAUCUGCUUCCGAUGCGGUGCACUUGGACGCCGUCGUGUGA